AUGAUAAUUUCCAGAGUCAGACUGUGGACUUGGUACAUUUCCAGACGUUUCGCCGGCAUCGUCAGUGAGUCUUGUCAUUCUCAGCAUAAAGCUACACCACGUCAAAGAGACAGGUUAAGUCAAUCCCUUGACCAACUUUCUGUCGAAACGGUUGUACCAUCACUCCUCGUUCUGACCUGGUCUGCUGUCCAUUUCAUGCCCUCUUGUCUCGCCCUCGUCCGAUCACAAGUUCCGACAUGUUCAUAUUCCACAAGAGGUGUGCCAUUUUGGCGAAUUCAGUGGCCUUGCUCCCCUCCCUUCCGAGUGGCUGAUCCGAUUCGAGCCUCCUGCCCGGAUCCGCCUCAUGGGCCCUGGGAUCCGUUUCUUAUCCUUCUGGUUGGCCGACUUCACUCGGUUCCAGCUCCACUCUACUUUUACUCCAUAAGCCAUUUCUUAAGCAUUCAGUAG